AAUUUCCGGAAGAGAGGAAACAGUUGUUGGAAGUGGUUGGACCAGAAUUGCAGUCAAUUUACGAUGACAUGGGCAUCGAGGUUCUUCUGGUGGAUAUGCAGUAUGGUACUGAGGCCGAUCCAGAUAAAAAUCCUAGACUUGCAGAAUUCUUCCUGGAGGAGAUCGAUGCCUCUUACCGGCACUCCAGAGGGUGCUUCUUCCUGUUGUUGGUCGGAACGGAGUAUAAAGUUGGAUGGGUGCCGACCAGCCUCGAGGAGGAAACUUUUAUUGCAUUGCGUGAGCAUUGUUCAGUGCUCGACGAGUACUAUGAAAAGGAGGGACUUAAUUACGUGCUCAAAGCCACCAGGGAAGAAACGGCCCAGGAAAGUUGGUUGGAAGUGGAGGCCAAUUUAAGGAAAGCUCUUCAGGAUGCAGCCGAAGCUGUGAUCGCUGAACAACCAGACAAUCUCAAAGCACAGGAUGUUCUAAAGAGCACUGCUGCUCGACAAUUGGAACAUGCCUUAGGUUUAAAAAACGGCGCCGAUGGCACAGUAGCCGUAAUACGCGAAUGGAGCGGUCCUAAGGCACCGGAAUCAUCCCCAGGAUCAUCAUCAUUAAAAGCCAGAGUAACCGAGGCUCUGCCAUCGGAAAACAUAAUCCAUCUGGAGGUAGAGUUCGAAGCCAACGACUCGGACCCCCCUUCAAGGGAGGUCUACCUUUCCACCCUUAGAAGUCGAAUCCUGGAGAGGAUUCAAGUCCUGGUGAACGCUUCUGUGGAGGCCAGCCCAGAAAUCAAGAGUCGUAAGAAAAUGGUCCAGGAGGUCUAUGCCGAAAGUCUGGCUCAUUUGGCUCUUCUUCGAGAGGAGAACCCAGCUGGGGUCACCGAUGAGUCCGUGGUCCGCAUAAAACAGCUUCUUAUCUCCGGCAUGGACACCAAACACCCUCCCAUCCUGAUAAUGGGCCCUCGUUGCUCGAAGAAGUCCUCCAUCCUUGCCAGAAUCUACCAGAGUGUGUCGGAGUGGUUCGAGAGACCCACCUUUAAGGUCCUCCGAUUGUGUGGUUCCACUCCAAGGUCGGCCUACAGCUUGGAAUUGUUGAGGGUCCUUUGCGAGCACGUGGGGUUCCUCGUAGGGAGCAACGACGGCAACCUUCCACAUGACGCUUCCUUCGAUCCGCUAUAUUUGAACAAUUGGUUCGGCCAAAUUAUCCGCCAGGUCGAAACCAGCCCCAUCAACGAACAAUUGAUCAUCAUGAUCGACGAUUUGCAUCGACUGCACCCGUUGGAGUGCGACAUUGUUGCUGCCCUGUCAUGGCUGCCCCUCAGCCUUCCACCAGGUGUCCAUUUGGUGGUCACCACAGCAUCGCCUCCAGAGGCGCUACGACUAACCCCGGUACAAAAGGAGAGAUUCAGGAACGUGGAGACGCUGGUGGAGCUGCCAGAGACUUCCGUGGACCUUCCAGACGUGGAAGCAGCUUUGGAUGGCCUGGAAAGGAUGUUGGGUCGAGAAGCAGCCAACAGACUGGGCGCCGUUCUGGCUUGCACCGAGUACGGUCUUUCGGAGACAGAGGUCCUGGAGAUGGUGAUGCCGACUGGAGGUGACGGUCCUUUGUCUCUCAAGUUGGGGCAAUUUAAUUUCUCCACCUGGUGCUUGGCCAGGAGGACGUUGGCAUCCUGGCUGAGGGUGCGAGUUCUCAGUGGGAGACUGAUGUUUGGAUGGCGCUGGAUAAGUGGCGAAGUGGCCAGGAAAAGGUACCUAGAGGUCCAAGAAGUAGCCAGGUCUUGCCACACGGAGCUGGCGAACUUGUUCUUCGCCGUGGACGGCGAAGAAAGCGACGACGGAUCCCCCCAGGAAAAACCAGUCGCCAGUCCUACCAAAGAAACGCCUUUCCAAAGUGCACCUCAGACCCGAGAUAUCGGCUACACCCUGAGACACGUAGAAGAAGCCUGGUUGCACCUGCUGAGAGCAGGAGACGCGGAGAAGCUGAAGAGGCUGGCCCUUUGUGCUUUCGACUUCCUCCUGGCUGCUGUCCAAACCAUCUCCGUUAGCUACCUUCGAUGUGUCUUUGAACACUCCAGAAGAUACCUACUCGAACGAGACGUGGAAUUGGUCUACUACUCCAUCAGAAAGUCCAGCGACGUGCUGACGAGGGAUCCGCUUCAACUGGGAGCACAACUCAUCUGUUGGCUGCGACCAGUCACCGAAGAUGGAGGGGACAUGGUCGGCCGCAUGAUAACAGCAGCCAUGGCGUGGUGUGAUGGGUACACGGCACCAUUAUUGGUACCACUGAAUGGAUGGCUUCAGCCUCCUUUGCCCCUUCAAAUCCGCAUGCUGACAUGUCCUCAGGGUGUCAAACUCGUCGAGGCUGCCCCAUCUGGACAACAUGUCGUCGUGGUCCCAUCAACUGGGGAUCCUCAGCUUUGGCAUGUCAUGUCUGGUCGACUGGUACAUACAUUCAGAGGUCAUUUGGGUCCCAUCUCCUGCUUGGCCAUCACGCGGCAAUCCCAGUACCUGCUGACUGGCUCCGAGGAUACGUCCGUAAUAGUCUGGGACUUGAAGGAAUUGAAUAUGCGGCGCAGGAUCUACGAACACAUCGCCCCGGUCCUGAGUUUGGCCCUAGUCUUCGGGAACCGCAUGGUGGUCAGCGGUGGCGAGGAUUCCAGGAUAAUAGCGACUAGCCUGCUCACCGGGGAGGUCCUGACCAGGGUGGACCAUCACCGAGGACCCGUCACCGCGGUCAAGGUGGACUCGGCAGAAGAGGUCCUGGUCUCGGGGUCAGCCGACGGGACCGUUUGCCUUUGGUCCUUGGAGAGCAGACCUCUCUUCACUUUGCUCAAGACCAUCGAAUUGCCCUCUCCUGUCGCCAUGCUCGACGUCUCCGUCGACUCGGUCUUCCUACUUGCCGUUUGCGAGGACGAGAAGAUGUACCUCAGGUCCUUGGCCACUGGCACCGAGAUACACACUCUCAAAGGACACCAGGGUCCAGUGAGAAGUGUCUGCUUGGCUCGAGAUUGCAGAAGGGCCAUUGCUGGUGGAGUCGAAGGUCGAAUCUCGGUUUUCGAUAUGCACUGUGGAAGACUCACCAGAACGUUGCCCGUUCACUCUUCCGGAGAUGUCACUUGUGUCAGGGUGACCGAUAAGGACGAUUUCCUUAUCACUGCUGGUGGUGGUCGCGUUACUUAUUGGAGUUUCCGUGGCGAAGAGGCGACCGCUUUGAAGCCCACCAAACCAGGAACGAAGCAGGAAUCUUUACAGCCUCAUACGGCAGCCAUCACAUGCUUGGACAUAUCCAGAGAUGGUGCGACAGCGGUGACAGGAGGAGUGGACUCCUUGGUCAACCUUUGGCAGCUGAACACCCACGAGUUGCUGUCAACUCUGGAGGGCCACAUCGCAAGUGUCACCUGCGUGGCCUUUUCUGCCUCAGGACUCUUCGCAGCCUCGGGCUCCGAAGACAAGACGGUUAGGGUCUGGGGUCUGACUUUGGGACUUGUAGUGGCGACUUUUAGACAUCAGGCUCCUGUCACCGGAGUGACAGUUAUGUUGGAUGGAAGAAGAGUAGUUAGCUCCGACAGAGGUGGGGCUAUCAGGGUUUGGGCUGCUGAUAACGGAGUUCUGGUGCAAUCGGUGUCUGGACCAGGCCGAUGCUUGGCGGUGACCUCCGAUAUGAGGUACACCGUUUGCGGUUCAGGUGACAAUCACGUUAGAAUCAUGGGACUGGGUGCUGGACCAGAGGAGAAGUAUCAGGUGUCCCAUUCGCAGGAGAUUACGUGCCUCGUCGUUACCCCCGACUCGCAAUCUCUGAUAACAGGUUCAAGGGACACCAGCCUGAAGGUGUGGCAACUCGCAGGUGGAAAGUUGUCGCAGGUUCUGGUUGGCCACACCGACCACGUAACCUGCGUCGCCGUGGCGGUCCUGGACAAGUGCACGGUGGUUUCCGGUUCCCGGGACGCGAAUCUGAUAGUCUGGGACAUCAACACCGGGGCGGAUCUGCACACUUUGACCGGCCACUUGGGAUACGUUACCUGUGUCAGGCUUUCCGGAGACGGAAGCUUGGCGGUUUCCGGAAGCGAGGACAAGUGCCUGAUCGUCUGGGACACGAAAAAGGGCACGGCUGUGAGCUCGAUCAUGCUUCACGUGCCCGUCCUGGGAGUCGAGAUGGCCACGGACUGCUCCAGGAUGGCCGUGCACCUGUUGGAGCACAAAUGUCUGCCCAUCCUGUGUCUGCACAACACUCCUGCACAGUACGUCAAACUUCCAGCCUACGUCGCUCCCAGGGACCUCAGGCCUUCCGGGCCGAAGAGACCAGCCAGGAGGCUGCUGAAGAAGGAAGUCUCUUUGGACACCUACACCUGGCAACGGAAGUACGGACACCUGACGUCAGGUAUUAUGGUCGCCGCAGUGGAGGAGCGGCUGAAGCGUCGUUUCAGCGUCAGCGCUUCCAUGGAAGAGAUCAGCAAAGCUGGACUCGCAGGGUCUCAGUCCGGACUGGGAGCUGAGCAAGCUGCCUUGGCUCAGUCCCAGCACUUCGAUCAGCUGGAAGCUAUCUGGAACAAGCAGUCUCCACCUCCAAGACCCCGAGGUCUUGGUAGAACCUUGUCCAAGCAAAGCUCCCUCCAGGCCAGUCGGAUAUCCGACUCCGAGGAAGAAGAUGUUUCAGACUAAUUCACUUUCGCCGAAUAUCGAGACUCAUGGACUUCGAAGUGGGAGGAUGUGGAUUCGACAAUGUUGAGGGGCACCCUCGUUCUACGACUAUCAUGCCUAUUCUAAUUCUAAAUGAAAGAUCCUCGUGUGAUACCUUUCGUGCAAUAAAGCUGAUGCAUGCCUACACCAUGUCUGAAAGUUGGGACGAGUUUGCCGUUUCUUCUGAUCCUUUUUCUUUCUACUUUAGUUGAUCAGGUCGGUUAAGGUGAAGUGAAACACGUUGAGGAACUUGAUCGACGUCGGUAAAGAAGAUUUGCCUAAAUACCUAUGUCACCGACAUUGCUUUUUAUAUUGACAGCAGCGUCGAAUGAUAUUGGGUAUUGUACUAAAUGGCAUACUCCA